AUGGGUCAUUUGCCGUCCCGUAAGGAACGUCGGAUUCUGUUGAAAGGUUUCGAGGCCAGUAAAGUGAUUCCGAUCAGCAGAGUGGAGAAAGAAAUCGAACUGCUGUCCAGCAAGGAGGAGCAGACGAUGCAGCAAGUAGAACAUUUUGUGCAGCAGCUCAAACAUAAAGUCAUGAAACAUGAACGGAAACAACGCCAAAACGAGAUGAAGAAAAAUGAACAUCAUCGUUUCGGCAGUCGACUGGUUAAGGGUGAUGAUGGUUGUUCGCUGACUGAGGCCUUUUCUUCUUUCUGUUUCUUUCUGUCGAAAUUCUCUCAAAUCUCUUUCAUUAAUCUUCUCAACAUAAGCACUCUAACGAUGAGACCGCCAACUCUCUCAGAACUCUACCUCAUCUUAUCUCUAUCUAGACGUUCCCCUCUCUCUCCCCUUCCUCUUCUAUCUCUUUGCACCCCCUCUCUAAUUAACCAUACAUUUAGUAUCUCUUUACUUCCCUCUCUCACCUUUCUUAUCCAUUUUUCUUUCUCGCUAGCUCUCCUUCUCUUCACUUCCCCCCUCCCAUUAACAACCUCCAUCGCUCUACCUCCCUUUUCUCUACUGACUCUUUCUCCUUACUCUCCCUUUUUUUCCUCUACGUCUUCUUUCCUUUAA